CUGGACCACUUCGACUUCACAACCAACGCCACCUUCGAGCAGCGCGUCUUCGUGCACGCGGACCACUGGGCGCCCGGCGGACCCAUCUUCCUCUACUGCGGCAACGAGGACGACGUCACGCUCUACGUCAACGCGACGGGGCUGAUGUGGGAGCACGCGGCGGCCUUCGGCGCGAUGCUCGUCUUCGUCGAGCACCGCUACUACGGCGCGACGCUGCCCUUCGGCGCCGCGUCCUUCGAGCCGGAGCACCUCCGCUACCUGUCGCACGAGCAGGCGCUCGCGGACCUCGUGAACGCGCUGCGGCGGAUCAAGGCGACGUACGGCGCGGAAAACGCCAAGACCGUCGCCUUCGGCGGUUCCUACGGCGGCAUGCUCGCGGCGUGGCUGCGCAUGAAGUACCCCGCGGCCGUCGUC